AUGGAUAAGGCGACCUCGCUGCACGCUUCAGUGCCCACGCCUCCCCCUCGGCUCUACCUGCCUCGGAACUUCAGCUGCAGCGCCUGCCUCUAUGGCAGCCUGGCCGAGCACUGCAAGGGGGACUGCAGCCCGGAGCGCGAAGGGGAGCCGUCUCCCACGCCGGUGGUCCGAGAAGCGGCAACCGCCGGAGAGAAGCCGCAGCCUUCCCGCGGCCGGGAGCCCUCGGUGCCUCCUGUGCCCCCCAGCCCCACGCUGCGCCGGCGAGCCAAGUCGCUGCCCACGCCCGGCGAGCGCAGCCUGCGGCCGGCCUUGCAGCAGAGCCCGUCCCGCAGGAAGACCGUGCGCUUCGCCGACUCGCUGGGCCUGGAGCUCAUCUCCGUGCGCCACUUCUGCGAAGCCGACCUGCCCCAGGUGCCGCUGCCCCUCCCGGCCCGCGCCGCCGACCUAUUCAAGACCAGGAAGCCGCCGGCGCUGGGCGAGCUGGAGCCGGUGCUGUUCGGGCCGUCGCCGCUGUUGGAGCCCCUCUUCGCGCCGCAGCCCGGCGCCAGCCCCGGCUUCGCGGAGCGGGUGCGGCGGCACAAGGUGAAGCUGGAGUGGGUGCGGGCCGAGCCCGCCGGCCUGCGCGGCGCCGUGCGCGUCCUCAACCUGGCCUACGAGAAGGCCGUCUCCGUGCGCUACACCCUCAACCGCUGGGUCAGCUGCGCCGAGGUGGCGGCCGCCUACCUGUCGCCGGGCCCCGCCGACGGCCUGACCGACCGCUUCUCCUUCCACCUGCCGGCGGCGGCCGCGGGGGGCACGCUGGAGUUCGCCGUGCGCUACCGGGUGGCCGGCACCGAGUACUGGGACAACAACGAGGGGCUCAACUACCGGCUGCGGGGCCGCCAGCGCGCAGCUCGGGCCGCCACCUCCCCGAACGAGGAGCCCGAUGGCGGCGCCUGGAUCCACUUCAUCUGA